ACGCGCAGAAGCUGCAGACAUGACUCUUUCACUUUGCCGUCACUUCCUUAAUUUUCUCCCUCCCUCCAUCACCAUGGAGCUCUCCCUCCAAGCCCUGAUUUUCAUCUUCCUCCUCUCCUUGUCCCUCUAUCUCCUCUUCCUCCACAGUGGUAAACCCAGAUCAAGAAUCCAUGCUCCUGGCUUCAAACUAUACCCACUUGUCGGAGUCCUGCCAGAAUUUCUGCAAAACCGCCACCGGUUCCUCGACUGGACCACCGAAGUCCUCUCCCGCUGCCCCACCAACACCGCCUUCCUCCGCCGCCCCGGGAACAUCAAAGGUGUCAUCACCGCCAACCCCUUAAUCGUCGAGCACAUGCUCAAAACCAACUUCCACAACUACCCCAAAGGUCCCCGCUUCAGUUACCUCCUCCGCGACUUUCUUGGCGACGGCAUUUUCAACGCCGACGGCGAAAUCUGGAAGGUCCAGCGCAAAACCGCGAGCUAUGAAUUCAACACCAAAUCCCUCCGGAACUUCGUUAUGGACAGCGUGAAGGCCGAAAUUCAGAACCGGCUAGUUCCGAUUUUCCGCAAAGCCGCCCAAACGAAUGGAGUUUUAGACAUUCAAGAUGUUUUGGAGCGAUUUGCGUUUGAUAAUAUAUGCAAGGUAGCUUUCAACGUGGACCCCGGCUGUCUCGGCGGCGACGGCACCGCCGGCAGCGAGUUUAUGGAAGCGUUCGAGGAUGCCACGACGCUCAGCUCCGGGAGGUUUUUGUAUGCCUUACCGUUCGCGCAUCGCAUCAAGAAGUACUUCAACGUGGGGUCGGAGAGGAAGCUGAUGAAAUCAAUAGCCGUUGUUCACGAAUUCGCGGAUAAGAUUAUAAGGUCGAGAAUCGAAGGGAAGGACGAGAGGAAAGACGAAGACUUGCUGUCCCGGUUCAUCGGGGCCGUCGACGAGAGCUCGCCGGAGUUUCUCCGGGACAUCGUCAUAAGCUUCAUCCUGGCCGGGAGGGAUACGACAUCGUCGGCCCUCACUUGGUUCUUCUGGAUUCUAUCCUCACGACCGGAGAUAGAGAAAAACAUUCUCGACGAACUCCAAGCCAUUCGGCUUCGGAAUUCGAAACCCCUUGGAGACACCUACAACUUCGACGAGCUCCGAGAAAUGCAUUAUCUCCACGCCGCUAUAUCGGAGGCGAUGCGGCUGUACCCGCCGGUGCCGGUCGACUCGAAGGCCUGCCAGAUGGAUGACGUCUUGCCGGAUGGAACCUUGGUCAGGAAGGGUUGGUUUGUUUCGUACCACACAUACGCCAUGGGAAGGAUGGAGAAGAUAUGGGGAAGUGACUGCCGGGAAUUCAAGCCGGAAAGGUGGCUGGAAAACGGGAUCUGUAAGCUGGAAAGUCCGUUCCGGUUCCCGGUUUUCCACGCCGGACCGAGAAUCUGUCUGGGAAAAGACAUGGCUUAUAUUCAGAUGAAAUCCAUUGCGGCCUCUGUGAUGGAGAGGUUCGAGAUCGACGUACAGGAGAAGGACACCUGUCCCGAACCCUUGUUAUCCUUGACUCUCAGGAUGAAAGGUGGGCUGGGCGUGAAGGUGAAGGAGAGACGUGUGGCUUAACUUUUGUGUUAGUUUUAUGGUUUGGGUUAUGUCCGUCCAUCUUGUGACACACUUUUAUAUUUAGAUGGAUGCAAUAAUUAUGUAUUA